UUCCUAUCGGUUAUCCAAAAUCCAAAUAAAUCGGGCAUCGGCCAUCAUGAUUAUUUCGGCGAUAUGGUCGGUGUGGUUGUGAAUGGUGAUUGUAUACAAAAUACAUUUAUGAAUGCGCGAGUGUGCUGUAUGUUUGUUGCAUGUUCAUUAUACUUUUUGUCAAAAAUCCAGUAAAAUUCGACUUUACAAUUUUUGCGGUUAACGCAAACCAAUAAUCCAUUCGACCGUGGACGUCUGGUUCACGAGUCACGACUAGUCCAGUUUUGUCGUGAUUAAGAUAAACGGUGGACGAUAACCGUGCGGACAUGGAUGACAAAAUCGAACUCAAAACCGAGCAUUCGUUGCCGGCCAAGACUGAACCAACAGACGACGAGAUGGCUUUGUCACUGGCCAGCGACGAGACACUGUGUCUAGCCAACAACGGAAUGGCGUUGAACUGCGAUCAGUUGUCAGUCAACUCAGUCAGUGAAUUUAAUAACAUCAAUCAUUCCGAUAUACAACAGCCCGCCAAAGACAAUAUAGUCACCAGCUCUCAGUAUCUCACUGCCCAAACUGCCGGUACAGACAUCAGUGAAAGAUCAUGGGAUUCUCAUAUCAUUACUCCUCCUACAUUGUUUCAAACAAGUUCUGAAAUUGUAUUACACGGUCCUCUCAAAGAAGUCCACGGUUCAACAUCUGAAAGCACUGCAAUUGAUUCUGAUAGAGAAAUCCAACUGUUUACAGAAGAUAAGGAAAAAUCCGUUGACAAUUUAUAUCCUGAAUAUGAUUACAUAUUUUGUAUUGCGGCUAUAAGUAGGACAACACCAAACAGUUCUAAACUGCUUGCGGUAUGUUAUACAAUUUUUUGCCUCUACUUUAAUUACUUCUCAUGUUAAUUUUUAUUUAAAAUAAUUUUGUAACAUGUUCAAUGUGUACCCUGUUAAGUAUAAGAUAUCAAGGGCAAGUGUUAACUGAGAACACAUACAUGAUCUGUAUGG